UUGACACGACUUCGCCUGGUCACCUUAUGGGUUACCGUGCUCCUUACCAAUGUUUGGACCCAUUUUGAUCAGAGAGUAUUGGAACAGGCAUUGGCAAUAUUAAAUAUCCUCGUAUACUUGUUUGUAGGAUGUAUGAAUGAAAGGGUUAAUUCUCUAUUGGAUCCAGACGCCGAUGUGGAAACGAAACCGGAGCCGACAUUGUCUCAUUUCCUUAUUUUCUUACUUUGUUGCUACGGUGCCUGCUUCAUAAGUACCCACUGAGACUCUUGUCUGCCUUCCCGAAGAAUAACGCUUGUGGUGCUGGAAACAGUUUUAAAUCUAUGAAGCCUGGGUGCAACAGAUAAUAUGCAACAUUGGCAACAUUUGGUUUUUGGAAAAAUGUGUGCCCCUCGUUCCCUUCUCCUACCAUGGGUCAUCAUCAUAUGUUAUUUUGUGUGCCAUUGUGUGGCCUCCAUAAAGAAGACAUCCUGCCAUGUGCAAGACGGCAGAGCUGACUGCAGCCACCUGAGCCUCAGCAUGAUCCCUCCGAACCUUCCCAGGAACAUAACUAUCCUGGAUAUGUCUCACAACAGACUGAAGGAGGUUCUCCCUGUGUCACUAAACCCAUACCCAGGACUCCUCCACCUUGAUGUCAGUUACAAUAGUAUUACCAAGCUGGACGCGCAUUUGUGCCAGACACUGCCCCUCCUGCAAGCAUUGUACCUGGGACACAAUGAAGUGCAUUUGUUGAAGAAGGAGGACCUGAGCCACUGCACCGGUCUAAUACGGUUGAAUAUGGCUAGUAAUCGACUAAAGCUUCAAGGAGAGCCCUUCUCUGGACUACAGAACCUGCAAUUUCUUGAUGUUUCCAUGAACAAACUGCUGUCAGCCAAGCUUGGCUCUCAGCCUCAGCUGCCCAGCCUAGUGAACCUCAAUCUGGGAUUCAAUGACUUCACUGCUCUGAGGAAAGAUGACUUUUCUUUCCUUGGCCAUUCAUCCUCCCUGCAAGUUCUCAGUCUGUCAUCUGUGCCUCUAAAAACAUUGGAACCUGGUUGCUUUAAGCCCAUUUCAGGCCUACAUACUUUAAUCAUGGAUGGGAGCAAAAUGGGCACUCAAGAUAUUUCCAAAAUCUGCUUAGAGCUGUCAGGGACAUCCAUUGAUGCCCUGUCUCUUCGGAAUAUGAAGCUGGUCACACUCACAAACAAGACAUUUGCAGGGCUGCAGAUGACAAAUCUAACAUUUCUUGAUCUGUCCCAUAACGGAAUGGGUAAAAUUGAGGAGGGCUCAUUUAAGUGGUUGUCAAAACUUCAGACUCUAACUCUGGCCAACAACAACAUCAAGCACCUGACCAAGGACACAUUUCAGGGGCUCAAAAGUUUGAAAAAACUUCAACUGACAAAAGCUCUGGUGAAAAGUCAUACCUCCUCUACACCGAUUAUCGAUGAUUUUUCUUUUCAACCUCUAAGUGCUCUGGAGAUUUUAAUGCUAAAUGAAACUGCAGUUCGGGAAAUCACGGAGCACACCUUUACAGGCUUGAAAAAUCUUCAAGAACUUGAUAUGAGCUGGAGUAGUUGUGCAUCAUUCAGAAUCAUCACCAACAAGACCUUUGUCUCACUUGCAGGGUCACCUCUCAGAAUACUAAAUCUGACAGCAACAGCUAUAACCCAGAUUAAUCCUGGAAGCUUCUCCCUUUUGAGAAACCUCACCACUCUUCUACUAGAUUAUAAUUUUAUAGACCAGAUUCUCACUGGCAAAGAGUUUGAAGGCAUGGGUCAGGUUGAAGAGAUUCACAUGACCAAUAACCACCAGAAAGUCAGACUAAGCACAACUUCAUUUGUUAAUGUGCCCAAUCUUAGGGUCCUGACUUUGGGAAAAAGUCUUAACACCACAGCGGAGGGCCUGGAUGUGGAUCCCUCUCCAUUCAAGCCCCUGCUCAACCUCACCUUCCUGGAUCUCAGUAACAACAACAUUGCUAACAUCAGAGAGAGUAUGUUGGAGGGACUUGUGAACCUGAAGGUGCUGAAGCUCCAACACAAUAAUUUAGCCCGGUUGUGGAAGAGUGUCAACCCAGGUGGGCCAGUGUUGUUCCUCAAAGGGGCACAGAACUUGAUGUCCUUACAGAUGGAUAGUAAUGGGCUGGAUGAAAUUCCAGACGGAGCUCUGAGAGGUUUGAGUAACCUCAGUCAACUAAGCCUUGGAUACAAUCUCCUAAAUAGUCUUAAGGGCUCAGUUUUCAAUGAUCUGAAAUCAUUGCAGGUUUUACGUUUACAGAAGAAUCUGAUCACAACUGUGAGGCCUGAAGUGUUCAAAACUGUCAUGAGCAACCUCAGCCUACUUGUCAUGGACAAAAAUCCAUUUGACUGCACAUGUGAGAGCAUCCUGUGGUUUGUGACAUGGUUGAAUAAUACAAAUAUGACCACUGUGCCAGAUCUCAGGGACCAGUAUAGGUGCAACACUCCACUUGCUUACUUUAACCGCUCAAUCAUGGAUUUUGACACCCUCUCUUGCAAAGAUAUGACCCCAUUUCAGGCUCUUUACAUACUGAGCAGCACAGCUGUUAUGAUGCUGAUUGCAACAGCUCUUCUGGUACGGUUCCAGGGCUGGAGAAUUCAAUUUUAUUGGAACAUACUCAUCAAUCGUACAUUAGGAUUUAGUGAUGCCAAAGUUGAAGAGGGCAGGGAAUUCACGUAUGAUGCUUAUAUCAUACAUGCAGAGGAGGACAGCAGCUGGGUGGAGAGGAUGGUGAUCCCCUUAGAGAAUGAAAAGUGCACAUUUUAUUUGGAGGAUCGAGAUUCAGUCCCUGGGAUGUCACAGCUUGAAUCUAUUGUGGAUAAUAUGAGAAAGUCCAGGAAAAUCUUGUUUGUCAUCACUGAAAGUCUUCUCAAUGAUCCCUGGUGUAGACGAUUUAAAGCCCAUCACGCACUUCACCAGGUCAUUGAAGCCAGCAGGGACUCUGUGGUUCUGGUCUUCUUGCAGGAUGUGCACGACUACAAGUUAUCUCGCUCACUCUUCAUCCGCAGGGGCAUGUUGCGCAAGCGUUGCAUUUUGGAAUGGCACGGCCACAAAAGAGGGUGCCAGCCUUUCACCAGGAGCUCCUCAUAGCACUUGGCAUGACUAAUCGAUUGAGGGAUUGAUUUCAUAGAUAAUGGAAAAUUUGAGUGAUAAUAAUAAUUGCCAGAGUUUUGCAUUUGGUGUUUGUGUGUGUGUGUGUGUGUGUGUGUUUACAUUUGUGAAUGUGAGGCAAAUGUUCUACAGUGUUAUUUCAAAUCACAAUGUCAUGUAAAGUAUAAAGUAACAACAACAAAAAAAGAUUGUGAAUGCAGUUUAAUGAUGUAAUCUCCUAAUAAAGUGUUUGCUAAAAAGUUGGUUUGACAUUGAAAUAUGAAUUAAACCUUAUAUUGUAUGUAAGGUA